AAGGGAAAAGAGCAAGGAAAAAAAAGAUGAGGUUAGAGGAGGCGAGAGAGGGAAGGACGCAAGUGGAGGCAGAAGAUAGACAAGAAAGGAUGACAGCUAAUCAAAUCAU